GAUUGGUGAGGCAAGAUGGCGGCGCCAGAGGAACAGGAAUUAUCUCAGGCGCAGACUGAGAAACUGCUACAGUUUCAGGACCUGACAGGUCUAGAGUCAAUGGACCAGUGUCGUCGCACAUUAGAACAGCACAACUGGAACAUCGAGGCAGCUGUACAAGACAGACUGAAUGAACAGGAAGGAGUUCCUAGUGUGUUUAACCCUCCACCCUCCAGGCCCCUGCAGGUCAACACGGCAGACCACAGAGUAUACAGCUACGUUGUCUCCAGGACACAGCCAAGUGGUUUGCUAGGAUGGAGUUAUUAUUUAAUAAUGCUGCCAUUUAGAUUUACAUACUACACACUACUGGACAUAUUCAGGUUUGCGCUGAGAUUCAUAAGGCCAGACCCUCGUGGCAGAGUUACAGACCCCGUUGGCGACGUGGUUUCCUUUAUUCACAGUUUUGAGGAAAAAUACGGUCGAUCACAUCCGGUAUUCUACCAGGGAACAUAUAGCCAGGCGCUGAACGAUGCCAAGCGUGAGCUACGCUUCCUGCUGGUGUAUCUUCACGGGGACGAUCACCAGGACACGGACGAGUUUUGUCGGAACACAUUGUGCAAAGAGGAGGUCCUGACAUUCAUCAAUACCAGAAUGCUAUUUUGGGCUUGUUCCACUAGCAAGCCUGAAGGAUACAGAGUGUCGCAGGCGUUGCGGGAGAACACCUACCCGUUCCUGGCCAUGAUCCUGCUGAAGGACCGCAAAAUGACGGUGGUGGGGCGGCUGGAGGGACUCAUCCAGCCCGAGGACCUCGUCAACCAGCUCACCUUCAUCAUAGAGGCCAAUCAGCCCUUCCUCAUGUCAGAGAGGCUGGAGAGGGAGGAGAGGAACCAGACGCAGGUCCUGAGGCAGCAGCAGGACGAGGCCUACCUGGAGUCCCUCCGCGCCGACCAGGAGAAGGAGCGCAGGAGGAGGGAGGAGCAGGAGCAGCGGAGGCAGGAGGAGGAGCUGGCCCGCCAGAGCGUGCUGGCCGAGGAGAGGAGGAGACAGACACUAGAAGAGGAGAAGGAGCGGAAGUCUGAGUGUCUUCCCCCAGAGCCACCUCUGGACGACCCGGACAGCAUCAAAAUCAUUUUCAAACUGCCCAACGACUCCCGAGUAGAAAGGCGGUUCCUCUUCACGCAGUCUUUAACAGUAAUUCACGACUUCCUGUUCUCCCUGAAGGAAACCCCAGAGAAGUUUCAGAUAGUGACCAACUUUCCGCGCCGCGUCCUGCCCUGCCUCCCGACCGAGGAGCAGCCCCAGCCCCCAACGCUGAAAGAGGCAGGACUCAGUCGCUCCGAGGUCCUAUUCGUGCAGGACCUCACGGAUGAUUGACAGCUACCUGACCUCUCGUAUUCAUAGAAAAAAGAAGUGUCACAAAUAUGUAAAAUUUCUUUCCCCGGUUUUGUUUGUUGUCAAACAGCUAUUGCACACAGGGGAUUAGUGGAAAGAACCUUUUUGUGAAGAAGAAUCAACCCCCCCACCUCCACGAACGAACAGUUGGUUGUUUUUUUUUUUUUUUUUUUGAGGAGCGUGAUACGAAUUGCCCUGUACAUUGAUGAACUAGAUAUUUAAGGAAGCUGUUAAAAUCCAUCUAAGCCUGAGAUGACCAUAUCCUCUUUUUUAAAAUGCAACUAGUUUAAGUGUAUUUAUGUAAUCAGAAGACCAAAGGAGGGUUGUUGGUAAUAUAAGAAAUGGAUUGCUUCCAGUUCUUAAUAAAGUAUAAAAACAAGGCCACAGCUUUCAUGUGUGGCUGUAGCCUAUAUAGCAUAUAGUACCAGUGCCUAUAGUGUGCCUGUGGUAAUUCAUAGAUGCCUAUUUCGCCCAUCUAAUAUCUGAAUGGGCAGGUCAUGUUAAGAUGUAAUUUUUCCAACUAUAAACAUUUUAAUUUUUUUUCUAUUUAUUGAAAUAACAUUUUGUUUUGAGCUCUGGGGGAUUCCAUGCUUCCAGAGGCUGCUGUCCCAGG